GCCGCCUCUAGGAGCCGCCGCCGCUCCCCUAUGACACAGCAACAAUAGGGGCCGCUCUGGCCCACGCACCCCGCGGCCCGCGCUUCCGCCGGAAAAGAGCCGCCGGCGCGGGGGCGGACCGGGGAGGAGCGAGCGCGAUGGACGGCCGCCCUCGCCAAUCGGUGGUAGCUUAGGGCGGGCCGCGUGGCCGACGAGGUCCAAUCGGGGACGAGAGCGGCAGGCGGGGCGGGCCAAACGCGAGCUUCCGGCGGGGCCCGGCAGGCGCCGAGGAGGAAGAGCGAUCCCGGACGGCGCCUCUUGGACGAGUGUUGGCGCGGGCCAGGAUGGCGACCUCAGGCGCGCUCUUCCCAAGCCUGGUGCCCGGCUCUCGGGGCGCCUCCAGCAAGUACCUGGUGGAGUUCCGGGCGGGAAAGAUGUCCCUGAAGGGGACCACCGUGACCCCGGACAAGCGGAAAGGGCUGGUGUACAUCCAGCAGACGGACGACUCGCUCAUUCACUUCUGCUGGAAGGACAGGACGUCCGGGAACGUGGAAGACGACCUGAUCAUCUUCCCUGACGACUGUGAGUUCAAGCGGGUGCCGCAGUGCCCCAGCGGGAGGGUCUACGUGCUCAAGUUCAAGGCAGGGUCCAAGCGGCUUUUCUUCUGGAUGCAGGAACCCAAGACAGACCAGGAUGAGGAGCACUGUCGGAAAGUCAACGAGUACCUGAAUAACCCCCCGAUGCCCGGGGCGCUGGGGGCCAGCGGGAGCGGCGGCCACGAGCUCUCUGCGCUAGGCGGUGAGGGCGGCCUGCAGAGCCUGCUGGGGAACAUGAGCCACAGCCAGCUCAUGCAGCUCAUCGGACCAGCCGGCCUCGGAGGACUGGGUGGGCUGGGGGCCCUGACGGGACCUGGCCUGGCCAGCUUGCUGGGGAGCGGCGGGCCUCCGGGGAGCAGCUCCUCCUCCAGCUCCCGGAGCCAGUCAGCAGCGGUCACCCCGUCAUCCACCACCUCUUCCACCCGUGCCACCCCGGCCCCUUCGGCUCCAGCAGCCGCCUCGGCAACCAGCCCGAGCCCCGCGCCCAGUUCCGGUAACGGAGCCAGCACGGCCGGCAGCCCGACCCAGCCCAUCCAGCUGAGCGACCUGCAGAGCAUCCUGGCCACCAUGAAUGUGCCGGCCGGGCCGGCAGGCAGCCAGCAAGUGGACCUGGCCAGUGUGCUGACGCCGGAGAUCAUGGCUCCCAUCCUCGCCAACUCAGACGUCCAGGAGCGCCUGCUUCCCUACCUGCCAUCUGGGGAGUCGCUGCCGCAGACCGCAGAUGAGAUUCAGAACACCCUGACCUCGCCCCAGUUCCAGCAGGCCCUGGGCAUGUUCAGUGCGGCCUUGGCCUCAGGGCAGCUGGGCCCCCUCAUGUGCCAGUUCGGUCUGCCUGCAGAGGCCGUGGAGGCCGCCAACAAGGGCGAUGUGGAAGCGUUUGCCAAAGCCAUGCAGAACAGCGCCAAGCCCGAGCAGAAAGAGGGCGACGCGAAGGACAAGAAGGACGAGGAGGAGGACAUGAGCCUGGACUGACCCGCGCGACACCCAGCGAGGGAGGGGCUCGGCCCGUGACGUCGGCAGGCGCUCGCAGGGCACGGCCCCUCUGUCCCACCCACUCGUAAUAAAGUCUUUUCUUUUACCUGCCAA